AUUCUGUUUCAUUCAUCAAUCAAUACUGUAUUCACUUUCUCUAUUCAUUUCACUACCAACAGACCAGUUAACCAUCCCCAUCAAUGGCUCCCGCAAAGGCAGAGAAAAAGCCAGCAGAGAAGAAACCAGUAGCAGAGAAAGCCCCUGCUGAGAAGAAACCCAAAGCAGAGAAGAAGAUCUCAAAGGAAGUAGGAAGCGACAAGAAGAAGAAGAGAACAAAGAAGAGCGUUGAGACUUACAAGAUUUACAUCUUCAAGGUCUUGAAGCAAGUUCACCCUGACAUCGGGAUCUCGAGCAAGGCUAUGGGAAUCAUGAACAGUUUCAUCAACGAUAUCUUCGAGAAACUUGCUCAAGAAUCUUCCCGUUUGGCCAGGUAUAACAAGAAACCUACAAUUACUUCUCGGGAGAUUCAAACCGCUGUUAGAUUGGUUCUUCCUGGAGAGUUGGCCAAGCACGCCGUUUCCGAGGGUACCAAAGCCGUCACAAAAUUUACCAGUUCUUGCAUGACACUAUCUGUUGGACUCCAGAGUCCAUAUUCUCAACGCAUUGUUAAUGUGACAUCCAACUUUGUUAUGCUCACUGGUCUGGAACCUCGUUUUAUCUGCUAUCAUCACUUUGUUACGCAUUCAUUUAUCUUGUUUUUUGUUUUCCCCUCAAUCCACCAAAUCUAUCUACUAAAAACAACAAUGGCUCCAGCAAAGGCAGAGAAGAAACCAGCGGAGAAGAAACCCGUCGCUGAGAAAGCCCCUGCUGAGAAGAAACCCAAAGCCGAGAAGAAUAUCUCUAAGGAAGGAGGAAGCGACAAGAAGAAGAAGAGAACAAAGAAGAGCGUUGAGACUUACAAGAUUUACAUCUUUAAGGUCUUGAAGCAGGUUCACCCUGAUAUCGGGAUCUCCAGCAAGGCUAUGGGAAUCAUGAACAGUUUCAUCAACGAUAUAUUCGAGAAACUCGCUCAAGAAUCUUCCCGUUUGGCUAGGUAUAACAAAAAACCUACAAUUACUUCUCGGGAGAUCCAAACCGCUGUUAGAUUAGUUCUUCCAGGAGAGUUAGCCAAACACGCCGUUUCUGAGGGUACCAAGGCCGUUACCAAAUUCACCAGUUCCUGAAUUAUCUGAUUUAGGGUUUACUUAAUCCUAAUUUGUUCUGCAUUACUUAGUGUUUCUUUUAAUAUAUGAUGUAGAUGUAAAAUCUUGACUUUUUAUUUAAUUGACGAUAUGGCUCCUGUCUUGUUAUGAAGUUUUCUUAAAUAUACUUGUUGUGGCAUUGUUUUAAUUUC